AUGUUCAUUGACGGCAAAUAUCACCACAUCUGCGUCGCGCGAAAAGAAUGGGCCAUACAUAAAACAGAGAGCCUUGAAAAAAUGAUGCUCGACAUCGAAAAAAGAUUACCUACAUUCACGGAGCCAACACCCAAAUUUCUUCGGUAUCUACCAAACUGGAAUAUCACGACCUGAAGCUCAGGUUCAAGAAAACUGAUGAUAUAUCUGCAAGACCGAACUCCGAAUCUUAUUUUCCGAUGUUGACCCACUUGCCUGAAUCAAAAUGUAAGUGA